AUGGCAUCACCAGAUCACACAGCCUCUGAGUCUCUGCUAGCAAGCGCUCUUGUAGCACGCUUUCUGCGGUCGAACAAUUACAACGAAACUCUGCGUACUUUCAUCCGUGAGGCAAAUCUGCCUUCCGACGCCGGGGCUAUCAAAUACAAGUCACACGAUCACGGCAAUGUGGAGCAAUGGACUCUGGAAGGGAUUAUCCAGGAGAAAAAGAAAUUUGAUCAGAGCCUGUCCUUCGAGAGAUAUGGCGAUUCGCAGCUCAGGGAGGAUGAGUGGAGUAUGCCGGCUCCCUCGUCACCAAAAGUUAUAGAAACGCCCACUUCGUCCAAUCUGCUCUCGGUCUCAGUUGCGCCAUGGCAGAUAAUACAUGCUGAUGACGAUCAAAAUGCAGCCUCAUACAUCGUUUCUACUAGCGCCGAUAAACGUCUGAAUGCCUUCAAUGUGGGCUCAGACAACGCAAUAGCAGCCUCAAUGGCAGGGCUUUCAAACUCGCCUAUCCUGUCCAUUGCUGUUAUUCGGGGAGGGAACUAUCACUUUCUAACGAUCAAAGUUCUUGCCUAUGAGGAAGAUAACAGCGAAGAUGUAUGGAUUGUUACCGCAGGAUGGGAUUCCCAGGUCCUGAUCUACCGCAUGGCUGUAUCCUCGUCCUCUCCAUCCGUAACGGAUCAUAGGAUAGGUGAGCCAGUGGGAUCGGUCAAAUUGCCAACAAACCCAGAAUCUGUACUCCUUGUACAUCAUCCUGAAUCCCAAGACCUGACGCUCCUCGUGUCACGGCGUGACUCAACGUUUAUUUACUACUACGAUCUGGAGCCACUGCGCUCCGCCAGCACGUUACAAAAGUGCGAAGAAAUUGGCAAACAGAACCUUGCACCUCGUUCAAACGCAUGGGUCGCAUUUUCACCGUCUUGUCUCGCUCAAAGUCCACACGAUCCUGGGUUGAUCGCAGUCGCGUUGUCAACAUUACCACAUAUGAAAAUCAUGAUUGUCCGUUUGUUGUUCCCGCCCCCUCAUCGCGAUAUUAUCGACGACAGUACCAGUCACAGUUCAAGCCGCAAUCGUGAGGUCGUAGCAGAGAGGGCCCCCAGCACAGAUACUCCGGUUGGAGCUUCUACGUCCGCGCCUGGAACCCAACUCAGUCAGGCCAUGGCCUCACUGGCUCUUCAAAACCGCGAAGAUGCCGCCAUUGUCAUCCAAGCUAAUACCCUUGCGCCACAGACUGCUUACUCAACUCCUCAGGUUGUGUGGCGACCUGAUGGAUCUGGACUGUGGGUUGGCGGUGAUGAUGGAGUUAUCCGUGGUAUUGAGGCCAAGACAGGCAAGUUGGUGACAACAUUGAAAAAUGGUCACGAAGUGGGCAGUAAAGUGAGAAGUAUUUGGGCGGGUUGGGUCAAUGUAGGUGGAACAAUUGAAGAGUGGGUUGUCAGUGGUGGCUUUGACAAAAAGUUGAUCGUGUGGAAGUAA